UGCUCACUAUACCUACGCCUCAGUUACAGUCUCGGCCGGUUAUCAAAUUUAGUCUCAAACCCUGGAAAUCCAGACCAAAUACCUUUUAGUCAGUUCCACUGUGCUUCCAUUUCGGACCUAAUUUUGGUAUAGUCCCCGAUUAUGGUCGUGAUUGUGGAUGCUCCAAAGAAGUUCAUAAUUACAACACCUGCAGUAAAGAGAGAGACAAGCAAAACAAUGAGGUGAGUACCAAAAUUAUCGUGAACCCUAUGCUAGAUAUUUGAUUUCAAUUAAUAUGAAUGGAAGUGAAGACUAUGAAUGUCUAUAUUGACUGAUUUUCACGAAGGUUAGAGAGUAGAUUAAAAGGAUUUUGUGUUCUUCUUGAUUGAGGAUUAGAGGUAUAUUUGAGUUCGAUAGACGGACUACAGAGCUUAAGGUUUGAUUGCGGAUUGAGGUUUUCUGAGUUUUCUGUUUUCCUUUGGGACCUGUUGAAGUGAUGUUGUAAACCCUAGAUUCGUCAAAUCAAAGAAAUGGCUGGACAAUCUGACCCUCAUCUAUCAAUCUUCUCUGCUGCUGAGGUUGAGUUUCUCGCUGAAGAUGAAUUGGUGGAAAUUAUUCCUAACAUGAGCAUGGAUUCUCUGAAUUUUAUCUGUGGUGAUUUUGGUCCUUUUUACCCGCAUAUUCCGACUGAAGUACCAAUUUGGCUGGCUAUGGCUUUAAAAAAGAGGGGAAAAUGCGCGAUUCGGCCACCAAGUUGGAUGUCGCUUGAAAAUCUGACGCAGGUUUUGGAAUUAGAACGUGACUCCCCAAGAGAAUUUCAACCGCUCCCAUUUCAUUAUGUGGAAAUCUCGAGGCUUCUUUUCGACCAUGCUCGUGAAGACAUCCCAGACGUACACAUGGUGAGAACUCUGGUUGAGGACAUUAGGGAUGUAAGGUUUCAUAAAGUAGAGUCUGGCUUCGAGACAAUUGGUUCUCGUACACAUGCAGUCAAGCUAAAAAAUCUAUCUGCAAUGGAAGUAAAUAUUGUGCGUCCAUUCUUUGUGAGAGCCCUGCAAGCUUUCUACAAGCAUGAUAGUCCACAGAUGAUACCUCAGCCAGAUACUGCUAGUAGACGGACAGACACCGGAGAUCGUGGACCAAGACGGGAUCUGAGACCUCGAUAGACAUAUUACUGUAACUCAAUGACAUGAAACGUUCCCAGAAAAGUAAAGCUUGGCGAUUGAAACUGUGCAAAAACCUCAAGGUCAUUUACUAACCAGUCUGAACCAUGUUCCAGUAAGAAUCACACUUGAUCGAAACCAUGUUACAAGUUCAUGGGUUGCACUUAACUUUACAUGUCAACUUUCUAUCUUGUUACAAAAGUUUAAUACAACACCUAGAGGCAUGUUUUCGAACAAUAUUCUUUUAUCAAAGGUCAUUAUAAGACUCGCUACAUGAUUUGGACAUACAAUAGAGGAAAAAUAGCUUACGUAAUUCUUGAGCUACUGGCAACUGUAUGAGACUCAUUAGUGGAAACAUCUUAAUUUCAAAACGGACUUAAA